ACCCCUUCAAAGUUCAGUCCCCACCAUCGCCAUUUUUCACCAAUGCUCUCUCACCUUUCACAGUCACCAAGGGACCGACUCUUCUUUUUUAUCUCACAUGAAAGUUGAAACCUUUCCACUUCCACCCCCAACUUUUUCUUAUUGGAUUACAUUAUCAUCCCCUUCUCCUUCCCCCCCUUUCUUUUUCUCUCUCAACAAAUUUGCUUCCUGGGUUUCUUUCCCUCUGGAUUGACUUCCAGUUUCUAGCUUCAAGACCCAAUUCUUAUCUCUCUCUUGUUCUUCAGGUGAGGAAGCAUAGAGAAUUUUAGUAGCUUCCGUAUCAUAUCUCAUACUAAGGUAAAAGGCAGUAGCAGAUUAGGAUUUUUUUUGGUGUAAAUCUGAUUUUUGGAUCUCGCCUGAGUUUCAUCGUCUGAAUUUGGUGAAUAUCUGCUGAUUCAUUUUUGUGGGGAAUGAUGAUGAUGUUCAAUGAGAUGGGAUUUUGUGAUGAUAUGGAUUUCCUUUCUGCUCCAAUUGUGGAAGGAGAUGCCAUAGCUCCACCAGCCGAUCCUGAAGUCGUGGUGGAAGAUGAUUAUUCUGAUGAAGAGAUCGACGUCGAUGAGCUUGAGAGGAGGAUGUGGAGGGAUAAGAUGCGUCUCAAACGCCUUAAAGAGCAAAGCAAGGUUAAGGAAGGGAUCGAUAUUGUGAAACAGCGACAGUCUCAAGACCAGGCUAGGAGGAAGAAGAUGUCGAGGGCACAUGAUGGGAUCUUGAAGUAUAUGUUGAAGAUUAUUGAAGUUUGUAAUGCCCAAGGUUUUGUAUAUGGAAUAAUUCCUGAGAAGGGAAAACCAGUAACUGGGGCAUCGGAUAAUCUGCGAGAAUGGUGGAAAGACAAGGUCAGAUUUGAUAGAAACGGACCAGCUGCCAUAGCCAAGUACCAGGCAGACAAUGCAAUUCCAGGACGAAAUGAUGGAUGUAAUUCGAUCGGUCCAACCCCGCACACCUUGCAGGAACUUCAGGAUACCACCCUAGGAUCUCUUUUAUCAGCUCUGAUGCAGCACUGUGACCCUCCUCAACGAAGAUUUCCAUUGGAGAAAGGUGUUCCCCCACCAUGGUGGCCUACUGGAGUCGAGGAAUGGUGGCCUCAGCUCGGGUUGCCGAAGGACCAAGGUCCUCCACCUUACAAGAAGCCUCACGACUUGAAGAAGGCGUGGAAAGUCGGUGUUUUGACUGCGGUCAUCAAGCAUAUGUCCCCUGAUAUAGCCAAGAUCCGCAAGCUUGUUAGACAGUCCAAGUGUUUGCAGGACAAAAUGACUGCCAAGGAGAGUGCUACAUGGCUUGCUAUUAUCAACCAGGAGGAGAUCUUGGCUCGGGAGCUUUAUCCCGACUCUUGCCCCCCUUUGUCUUCUGGUGGGGGUAGUGGAUCGUUGGUCAUUAAUGAUUGCAGUGAAUACGAUGUAGAAGGCGCUGAGGAGGAACCAAGCUUUGAUGUUCAAGACCGUAAACCUGAUAACCAUAGCUCAUUCAACUUGGGAAUGGACAGAAUGAGAGAACGGGUGUCCCUUCGACAACCAUCUUAUGCAAUCAAAGGAGAGGUUCCCACAAACUUGGAUUUUAUGCGAAAGAGGAAACCGACCAGCGAUUUGAACAUGAUGAUGGAUCAGAAAAUCUAUACUUGUGAAUUCCUCCAGUGUCCUUAUAGUGAACUUCGUCUCGGGUUUAAUGACAGGACGUCCAGAGACAAUCAUCAGUUGACCUGCCCAUAUAGAACUUCUUCAGAAUUCAGUGGCUCAAGUUUUCACGUCAACGAGGUCAAACCAGUUAUCUUCCCUCAGUCGUUCGCCCCGCCCAAGUCAGCUCCACCACCGGUCAGCUCAGUUCCACCUUCCUUUGACCUGUCCACUUUAGGCGUUCCAGAAGAUGGCCAAAAGCUGAUCAGUGAACUCAUGUCGAUCUAUGACACCAACAUCCAAGGCAACAAGAACAACUUAAACACCGGUAGCAGUGCCAUCACGGAGAACCAAAAUCUUCCUCAGUUGAAGAUCCAACCUCAACAAGAUGAAUACUUCCGCAAUCAAGGUCUAAUGAUCGAGGGAAACUUCUUUGAGGGACCGAAUGUUUCAAGCAGCCAUCAAAUGUUCACAAGAGAUGAAGGCCAAUUCGACCGGUUUAAGCCAGUGAAUUCACCUUUCGAAAACAACCACCAUCAGCACAACAAUAACAACAACAACUUCCACUUGAUGUUUAGCUCUUCAUUUGAUUUGUCGACCUUCGACUACAAAGAAGAAGUACCUGGAGUAGCAGCCAUCGAUACACUGGCGAAACAGCAAGACAUUCCAUUAUGGUAUCAUUGAGCACGCUCUCACUCCGAUGCUUUAUUGAUGAAUUCUUUCCGUCGAAAGCAGCAGCAGCAGCAGUAACAGCAGCUGCAGCAGCAGUGAAAUUCAUAGCAGUUCUUUUUACAGUUUGAGUAUCUCUCUCUCUCUCUUAUGGGGUUUGCCUUUUACUUUUACUAGGAACCAGUCAAAGUUACCUUUUGGGGUUUGGCCUAACUUGGUGAAACUAUGAAAUUGUGUUGUCUAAAAAGAAAUGUUCGGUGAUGCAUCCUACUGGUCAUUCACACAAAUGGAUGGAUAAUGUCAUUAGCUUGUAGAAUAUCUUUUUAAGGUCAUCAUGUAAUGUAAGUCUUAAGUUUCUCCAAUAGACUGAUAAAUAAGUGGAGAGAAUCCUUUUAGUAUUACUGCUACUACUUACCCUGCCCUGUUGUUGAUUACAUAUCCAAAUGAUUGUCUAUAUGAAAUAACUAUUUCAACAA